AAGCCAUCAUGUGCAUGAUUUGUUAAUUAAUGUAGAGAACCAACCAUGGGUCAAUACUCAAUUCAUCAUCAGCUUGUGGCCAUAGUCUCAUUAUUUAUCCUUUUGCUUCCAAAUAUCCAUGGGUGGGGAGACGAUGGGCAUGUCAUUGUUUGCAAGAUUGCACAGGCUCGCCUCAGUGAAGCAGCUGCAGAGGCUGUGAAGAAACUGCUGCCAAUAUCCGCAGGAAAUGAUUUGUCCACAAAGUGUUCUUGGGCAGAUCAUGUUCAUCAUAUCUAUCCUUGGGCCUCUGCUUUGCACUACGCAAAUACCCCAGAGGCCCUCUGCAGUUACAAAAACAGCAGGGAUUGUGUAGAUUACAAAAAAGGAAUUAAGGGGCGAUGUGUUGUGGCUGCGAUUAACAAUUACACAACGCAGCUCCUUGAAUAUGGCAGUGACACUAAAUCUAGAUAUAACCUCACGCAAUCUCUAUUCUUCCUUUCACAUUUUAUGGGGGACAUCCAUCAGCCUCUACAUUGUGGCUUUCUCUCAGACAAUGGAGGCAAUGCAAUUACUGUUCGCUGGUACAAAAGGAAGCAAAAUCUCCACCAUAUUUGGGAUAGUACCAUACUUCUGACAGAAGUCGACAAAUUUUAUGACUCUGACAUGGACGAGUUCAUCGAUGCACUUCAACAGAAUAUUACGAAAGUAUGGGCCGAUCAAGUAGAAGAAUGGGAGAAUUGCGGUGAUAAGGACCUUCCAUGCCCAGCUACAUACGCAUCUGAAAGUACCAUAGAUGCCUGUAAAUGGGCGUAUAAAGAUGCCACGGAAGGAUCCGUACUAAAUGAUGAUUACUUCCUGUCACGUUUGCCAAUAGUCAAUAUGCGGUUAGCUCAAGCAGGAGUUCGAUUGGCUGCAAUUCUUAAUCGUGUUUUUGAGAAAAAGUUGGCAAUGUCCAUCUAGUUUAUUGGAAGAGAAUGAGUCGACAAUUUGUUUAAUUAAUAAAAAAUAACAAAGUGCCGACUAAUUUGUAAGCUUAAUUAAUAUCUAGGCUUUGUGAUUUGAGUAAAAUGUCGAUGUAAGCGAAUAAAGAAAAUAAAGUCAGAGAGUGAAGUCAGUAGUAUGCUAAGCGAUGAGGUGUUAGAAUAAUUUGCAAGGCUAACAGAUUAGAGAUCAUGCUUUCAAGUUUCAAUGUACCAAAUAAAAGAAAAUAGUGUUCCUGCGUUGAUUUCUCGUGCA